GUUUUUGCUUCUCUGUCUAUUUUUUUAUCUACAAAUUGUCUUGCCUUCUAACUACUAGAAUACAGUUCUUUUACUAUAUCACUAAAUCAGUCUAUUAAUUAUCCAAUUAAUCUUUGUCUUUUGACCUUAUACCUCUUUACUUUCGCACAAUAAUUCACAAUGCAAUUCAAACAAAUCUUAGUUGCCUCCUUAGCCGCUGUUGCUUCGGUCAGAGCCUUAAACUCUUCCAACACCACAAAUGACACUGUUCCAGCAGAUUCUGGUGCUUCUGGCGUUAAACCAGCCCUCUUAGGUGCUGUUGCCGUUGCUGGUGUAGCUUUAUUAUUAUAAGUUCAUUAAUACAUUCAAAUUAUCAAUAUAAUACUUCUUAAUAUUUUCAAUAUUAAGAAAACAAAAUUAGUUAUAAUUUAAUAAGUUUGUAUCAUACGGGUUUUUUUAAUAAUUUUCUUGCUACCUUUUUUCAGUCAUAAUACUUUUAUUCUUUUCAUUUUCAUCGUUCCUUCUCUUUAAAUCUCCUUUUUUUGGUUUGGCCUUCCAAUAAUUUUAAAACUUAAUCUUUAAUUUUUUAUAACAUUUAUAGAAUGGUUUUCUUCUAAUUUCUUACAAUUUUUUUCAGUUCUUUACCUCAAUAUAAAUUUUGAGCUUUUUCC